AUGCCCGGUGAAACGUGCGGCCGUGCGCUGAUAUGCGCUCUCGUAAUUGCGCUCGUCGCGGUGGACCAGGCGAACGCCGUGAUGUCGAUGGAACAGAUUCAAAAGACCGCAGCGACGAUACGAAACACGUGUGCAGGGAAAGUAAGCGCGGAUAUAGAUGUCGUUCUCGGAAUUCAGAAAGGCGAGUACCCGGACGAUCCAAAAUUGAAAUGUUAUACGCUCUGCGUAAUGAAAACGAUGCGAAGCUUUAAGAAUGGACGUGUGGACGACGGGAUGAUGACUAAGCAGGUGGACAUGAUGAUGCCGGCCGAUCUUGCGGGUUUCUUGAAAGAAUCCAUUGGAGUCUGCGCGUCCGAACCUCCUACCGGUGACGAUUGCGAGACUACUUUCAACUUCGUCAAGUGCAUGUACAGGACCGACUCGGAGCACUUCUUCUUCCCUUGAGCAUAGUCGCACGGAGACGCAAUGUUCGAUCACACUGCGAUCGCGCACGCAGAAAACGCGGCACGGACGAGAAAUUACGAUCAAUUAUUUUUUAGCAGCCAAAGUUAAACGUAGAAGUACACGAUCACGUGGAAUUUCGCGAGAUCGCGUCGAGACCGACACGAGAUUACACGGCGAUCACUUAAGAAUGAGAAGCAAACGCGCA